CAGAGGGGCCCCAGCCCCGAAGACAACGGUGUCCCCGAUGUCCCGCUGAAGCUCCGACAAACAUCCUCGAGACUCCAGAGGGUCGAGUGCGGGCGCAGACCACGGCUCCAGUAUAUAAAUCAGGCAAAUUCCCCAUCUGAGCAUGAACCUCUGAAAACUGCCGUCAUCCGAGGUCUCCUCCGAGGCCCUCUGGAGUCCAGCCCAUAAUGAAGGUCUUGGCGGCAGGAGUCGUGCCCCUGCUGCUGGUUCUGCACUGGAAACACGGGGCCGGGAACCCCCUUCCCAUCACCCCUGUCAACGCCACCUACGCCACCUGCGCCACACGCCACCCAUGUUACAACAACCUCAUGAGCCAGAUCAGGAGCCAACUAGGACAGCUCAACAGCAGCGCCAACGCCCUCUUCAUCCUCUACUACACGGCCCAGGGGGAGCCGUUCCCCAACAACCUGGACAAGCUGUGCGGCCCCAACGUGACAGACUUCCCGCCCUUCCACGCCAACGGCACGGAGAAGGCCAGGCUGGUGGAGCUGUACCGCAUCGUCGCGUACCUCGGCGCCUCCCUGGGCAACAUCACCCGUGACCAGAAGACCCUCAACCCCAACGCCCUCAGCCUCCACAGCAAGCUCAACGCCACGGCGGACAUCAUGCGUGGCCUGCUUAGCAACGUGCAUUGUCGCCUGUGCAGCAAGUACCACGUGGCCCACGUGGAUGUGACCUACGGCCCCGACACCACGGGCAAGGACGUCUUCCAGAAGAAGAAGCUGGGCUGUCAGCUCCUGGGGAAGUACAAGCAGGUCAUCGCCGUGCUGGCCCAGGCGUUCUAGGCAGGGUCUUGCAGUGAGCUGCCGACACGGGGACCAAGGGAGCGCAUCCCAGUGGGGGGCUCUCAGAGUGUGGCUGGGGCCCAGGGCAUCGCGAAACCCCAAUGGGGGCUGCUGGCAGACCCCGAGGGGCUCCUGGUCAGUCCGCUUCACUUCGGAGUGGACCGUCAUGAAGCUGAGCAGAGUGGAAACUUCCAUAGGCAGGGCCUAUUCCAGCGCCAGCUUGAAGAAGGCGCCUCUUUCUCUGGGAGGCUGCAACCAGGGUGUUGGGCUGGCGAGGGGAGUGAGGGCUGGACUUCUGUCCCCAUGGGUUCAUUCCCCUCCUCUCUCACUUUGUGCACAUGCUAUCUCCAGCAGCCCCAAACACAGAGUGAGGGAGUUGCCCCGCCCCCUGUGGAAUGACCACCAUGCGUGCCUUUACUGCCCCUGAGGUGGACUUCAGAAGGCUUAGGUGGGACAUGGAUGGACUAGAGGAGCUGGGAUCCUUGUCCCGUCCAAGUUUAGUGAAAGGUAAAGGAGUGGAGACUGGGGAGGGAUGCUGUCUUUUCUUGGGCAUGUUCAGAGAGCUCAGGCCUAGGGACUGUCAGGUGGAAUGUUCUAGAAG